GAGGCGACCAAGGUUGAUCAGCCUUGAUCUCAGUCCUCUCUCAAAUCCAUCCAUGGCAUCCUACCUACACCCUUUUAACAAUCUUGACGAUUUCACCAAUGGGGCCUUCCACAGCACAAUAACAGCCUACUGCACUUUACAUGAAAUAGCCUGGAAAAAUAAAGACCGUACCGCCCUUUUCGAGAAUGUCGUUGGCUCCGAGUCUUACAAAUCCCUCCAACUUAUCGCACCAUUAGUUGGCGGUAAACAAAAACGCCUGUUGGUCACUACUGAAUAUAAAACCGCUCUUUCCGAUGCAAAACUUUGGUUUAACGGACAGGAGGUCCCCAGAACAACGUUUACUCAGGACGAGUCUCAUUGGAUGCCGGCGGUUCACGAAGACCCGCAAAUGGAUUCCGAUGAUAAAGGUGAAGACUUGCAUAUGGGUACUGAUAAAGGUCCGGAUUGGCCCACCUCAUCCGAACCUCAGGGUGUCUUUAUCGUCUGUGGGAUCCCCGGCAUCGGGAAGAGUUGUUUUCUAUAUUACGUUCUCGUAGAACGUCUCCUCGCAAAUCUUCCCACUUGUUUCCAGACUCAUCCCAACGACUUUACCUAUUGGUGUGACAAGGGCGUGUUUCAAUGCACCAUGGAGCGUGUGCGAUUGGGUUUCGUCAUCCCGAGUGAUGUUUGGUUUCUUUUGGAUUCAAACCAAGAGGUCAAAGCUCCCGAUCCAGAUAUUCUGAAUACGUAUGCACGGGUUAUACAAGCGGCUUCGCCACGGAAGGAUCGUCUCGAUUGGGCACGAAAGGAAAAUCAACAGCCCUAUACGUGGAUCAUGAAGCCCAGCCCGCUGCCAGAGCUGUUGAUCAUGAGGCAUUUUUGGGCGCCUAAGCCCACAGUUGAGGAAGUGACGGAAUUUGUGGCGAAUUAUGGUCCAUCUGCUCGCAGCAUCAUUGGCUUUGCUCGUCAGCCCAACCGAUACCGCGCAAUACUGAAGGAGAUCACUGCAGGAAUGACUCUGGAAAAGCUCGAACAACUUUUAAAAAAGCUACAUCGGUUGGACGCUGUUGACGAGGCCAUUUCGCAUCGGAUCCUGGGCAUAUACCCAGGUGAAGAACGCAUCGAUAGAACACUUGGAUUUCAUACAUCAGAAAUCUACCGUCUCGUAAAAGAAGCUUUCGGACGAAGUUGGGAUGCACAGCGCAUGUUUGCAAUGUUCAAUUCUGUUGGCCAGACACGAGGAACUGCAGGACACCUUUUGGAGGACAUAACUGGAAGGCGAUGUUGAUGACGGGGUCCGGAAGCCGCAGACGAAUUUCCAUUAACAAAACAUCUUCAUACGGUGGCGAAAAGUACCUCCUUCUCGGUUCCAAUACAGGGAUAAUCGUCGACGCCGUCCGCAAAACAUCCACUCCUCCUCAACCUCUCUCAGUCUGUCGGUAUGGUUCUGGUGAUGCCAACGUUUUGAGGGAGAAGUCAGGUCAAUAUUGACCAUCUGUCACCAAUCAAGCAACUUUCAACUCCUUUAUCGUUCAACUCCACACGCAAAUGUGUGUUUGCAUUGCAGUUUACGGUUUCCAAGGAUCACAGAUUCAACAAGGAAGGAUCACAGUUCUUACUGGGGCACUACAGCAGUUACAAGCUCCAUUUUAUCCUGUUUAGUACUGAGAAUGUCAACCUUCCCGUACCCAUUGGCUUCGAUGAGGAUUGGGCGUCAAUGUGGUCGACAAGGCCAUGGCAGUAGGAUGAGCAAUUCCUGAUCAUGUUGUCUCUAUGUACCAUUAUGAAUCUACCUUGCACUAUCGCGUUUCUCUGCGUAGUCUCGCAACAGUUCAUGACACCUGGCAGAUUGGCUGAG